GCGCUGCCCCCUCUCCCCCGGGCCGCGCCCCGGGGCCCCGCACUGACGGCCCAUGGCGCCGCCCGCCGCCCGCCUAGCCCUGCUCUCCGCCGCCGCGCUCACGCUGGCGGCCCGGCCCGCACCCAGCCCCGGCCUCGGCCCUGGACCCGAGUGUUUCACAGCCAAUGGUGUGGAUUAUAGGGGAACGCAGAACUGGACAGCGCUACAAGGGGGGAAGCCAUGUCUGUUCUGGAACGAGACUUUCCAGCAUCCAUACAACACUCUGAAAUACCCCAACGGGGAGGGGGGCCUGGGCGAGCAUAACUAUUGCAGAAACCCAGAUGGAGACAUGAGCCCCUGGUGCUAUGUGGCAGAGCACGAGGAUGGUGUCUACUGGAAGUACUGCGAUAUACCUGCUUGCCAGAUGCCUGGAAACCUUGGCUGCUACAAGGAUCAUGGAAACCCACCUCCUCUGACUGGCACCAGUAAAACGUCCAACAAACUCACCAUACAAACCUGCAUUAGUUUCUGCCGGAGUCAGAGGUUCAAGUUUGCUGGGAUGGAGUCAGGCUAUGCUUGCUUCUGUGGAAACAAUGCUGAUUACUGGAAGUACGGGGAGGCGGCCAGUACCGAGUGCAACAGCGUCUGCUUCGGGGAUCACUCCCAGCCCUGUGGCGGCGAUGGCAGGAUCAUCCUCUUUGAUACUCUCGUUGGCGCCUGCGGUGGGAACUACUCAGCCAUGACUUCCGUGGUCUAUUCCCCUGACUUCCCCGACACCUACGCCACGGGAAGGGUCUGCUACUGGACCAUUCGGGUUCCAGGGGCCUCCCGCAUCCACUUCAGCUUCCCCCUGUUUGACAUCAGGGACUCGGCGGACAUGGUGGAACUGCUGGAUGGCUACACCCACCGCGUCUUGGCCCGCUUUCAUGGGAGGAGCCGCCCGCCCCUGUCCUUCAAUGUCUCUUUGGACUUUGUCAUCUUGUAUUUCUUCUCUGACCGUGUCAAUCAGGCCCAGGGAUUUGCUGUCUUAUACCAAGCCGUCAAGGAAGAACCACCGCAGGAGAGGCCCCCUGUCAACCAGACACUGGCCGAGGUGAUCACGGAGCAGGCCAACCUCAGCGUCAGCGCCGCCCGGUCCUCCAAAGUCCUUUACGUCAUCACCACCAGCCCCAGCCACCCACCUCAGACUGUCCCAGGAUGGACAGUGUAUGGUCUGGCAACUCUCCUCAUCCUCACAGUCACAGCCAUUGUAGCAAAGAUACUCCUGCACGUCACGUUCAAAUCCCAUCGUGUUCCUGCUUCAGGGGACCUUAGGGAUUGUCGUCAACCAGGGACUUCAGGGGAAAUCUGGAGCAUUUUUUAUAAGCCUUCUACUUCAAUUUCCAUCUUUAAGAAGAAACUCAAGGGUCAGAGUCAACAAGAUGACCGUAAUCCCCUUGUGAGUGAUUAAAAACCCCACCAUGGACAGGAGGUCCCUCUUUGAGCUCAAGCCUGCUGGGGUUGACCUCUCCUGUGGUUCUUCUCCCACUGACUCUUCCCUGCCUCUCCCUCCACCUGGGCCUCUUCAGGGACCCCCUCCCACAGACUGGGAAGGGGCGCCGUAGCCCGGAUUCCUCCUGCUUCAUCAGCUGCACUUGGGAGAGACCCUGAAGGCCCUAGGGCUUGGCCCUGUCUGCAUCUCUCUCUCUCUGAUCUAGCAACGGGGUUGCCGGGAUAGUGGGGUCGAGAGGACGGAGACGGUCAUGGCUGGCACUGGGCUUAGGUGCAUUCUAGAUGACAUAGGGUGAUGGGUAGGUUUAGUGUACAUGGAGUCUUUCUUGUUUCUUCUCUAUUUUGUCCACACGCAGAUCAGUUUCUCCUGGUCUUUGCGGUUUGGAACAGGGCCAGACAGGGAGAAUUCUCAGGCUCUCUUGGGGGUUGGCCUGGUCCCACCUGAGUGUGGACUCCUGGACAUUAGCAAAGAGUAAGGGGGCUGGUGCUCUGCUGACCCUAGAGCCUUGCUCUCUGGAUGCUGGACUAGGACAGGAUUCCUCCAACCUGGGGGCCUGAAUAGGGUCUAAAACCCCCAUUCAUUCACGUCAAACCUGACACCUUCCCCACACAGGUUUCUUUCUAGAUUCUUCUUUCCAUAGCUCAGUAACCUGCAGAGCAAGCUGGAGGAGUGGGCAUAUAAAACAUUCAUUCA